CUGAGGCAUUGUAUGUAUUAUUGUGUGCAUUUCUUAAUUGAACAUUAAUGAAAAAUUGAAAAGGAAAUAAAUAAUAAAUAUUUAUAUAAAGAGUUAAAAUAAAAAUAUGAAUUGUGAUUUGUGCUGCAGUCCUCUAAGAAGGACUAAAGCCUAUAGUAUUUAUGAAGAUUUUUUUGAUAAUUCAAAUCGUUUGGUUGAUAUAAUAGAAAGAUAUUUACAGAUGAAGGUUAAAACUACAGACUCACAAUCAUCUUUAAUAUGUCAAUCAUGCUAUACACAUUUGGAUGAUUUCCACAAAUUUGCUCUGUUGAUUAAGGAGAAACAAGAAUUGCUAACAAAUGACAUACCCACAAUCAAAUUGGAUGAUUCUGACGAAGAUGAAGAGCAAGAGGCUAGUUAUAUUAGAGACACCGAUGUAUUAGUAGAGUUUAAGACUGAAGAUGGUGUUGGUGAUGGCGAAGACGAGUUAUUGAUGGAGACUAACGAAAUGCAUUUUCCCCAAGAUGAUCUAUUAAUGGUUAGCGAGACAAUGAAUGAUUUUCAUAAUAACAGCAAUUUCUGUAUAGAUAGCAGCAUGUCCAUGUCAAGUUUUGAACAAAUGUCUUGGCAUGGUGGACAUGAUAUAAUAACAAAAGCUAAAACGCCGGCGAAGCUUCCACGUAAAACACCUUAUAAAACGCAUACACCCGAAGAUCGCGCACGGAUUGUGGAGGCGGCCAACAGGGGUGACGAUUGGUCAGCUUUAGCUUCUGAACUGGGGGUUAAAUAUAAAACAGCUUACACUUGGGUAUCGACUAGCCGCAAAGAAAUGUUUAUGAGAAAUGGUAAAAAUAAUACAUUUACCGAGAAUAAUAUCGAUACAAUUAUACAAUGGAUUGAGGAAAAUCGUCAAAUAACUUUAAAGGAAAUUGUGGCUAAAGUUAAAGUUCUAAUGCGUAAGGAAGUGUGCGUGUACUUCGUUGAGGGCAGCCUAGAAGGAAGACUUUAUCGUCAUAAACGUUCUUUGGACUAUCAUCCACAAUUGAUAAAUACCCUAGAGAAUAAAAAGAAACGUUUGGAAUAUGUGAAUACAUUAAAGUAUUAUAUGGAUUUGAAAAAGACCGUAGUUUGGGUGGGUGAAACAAAUUUUAAAAUGUUUUGUCGUCGUGCCAAAGGACGCUUCAAUACAAAUUCCACCUUUGCUACAUUUGAUCCUACGAUUUAUGUAAUGGGCGCCAUUACAACGGAGGGUGUGAUUGGCAUACAACGUAGCCGAAAUCGUAUUAGACCCGAUGAUAUCUUUACCAGUUGGUUGCAUACAAAAACCGAAAGUCUUACAAAUCUGGUUAUAGUAUGCGAUAGUGAUUAUUGUUUCUCAGAAUUAGAUGAAUACUUUAAUAAUUCUGAGGUAACAUUGUUGCUUUUAAGUCCAUAUUCUUAUAUGUUAAAUCCUAUGGAAGCAAUAUGGGAUAAUAUUAUGUCAAGUGUUAAGAAAAAUCCCCUUAUGUCCAAUACUAAUCAGGGUGAUGUUAAAGAACAACGUUUAGGCAUUGCAGAAAAAUGUAUUGAUCAAGUUAUAACAACUAUAUCAGCAGAAUAUUGCAAUAAAGCAAUUAAAAAAUCGAACAAAUACCAUACUGACAUCUUGGAUUUACAAGAUAUGCCAGUUAAAUAAAGUUGAAAUUAAAAAAAAAAAAAAAUGAAAAGAAACAAAAACACUAAAAGUAUUUUAAGUUAUUUAUAUAUUAUUAUAAUUUAUGUAUUAAUACGUACUAAGUAUAAUUUAAGAUGAAAAGUAUUUUGUAGAUUUUAGAUUCAUUACAAUAAAAUUAUAUUUAA